AUGAAAGACGAGGAACUACCCGAUCUGAUUACCUGGGAGCCCUUACAGGAAGACGAGAUUCACAUACUUGUCCUGCUUCCAUCGAAGGAUUACAAUGCCCCGCUUCAAGGCCGAAUAGAACGACGAAAGCUGGUUUCCCAAGAGACACUGAGUAUUGAGCAUGAUGACGGAGGCUAUGAGGUCAUCUCAUACUGUUGGGGCGCGCCGGACGAUCCCCGUCAAAGUUCUAUAUUCAUAGACGGCACUGGCCUACCGAUAUGGUUCAAGCUGGAGUUCGCCCUCAAGAGAAUCCGAAAACAAGAAGAACGACGCAUCUGGAUUGAACCAAUCUGUAUCAGUCCAUUUGACAGCAUGGAGCGCAGCCACCAAGUUCCGAAAAUUUCACAGAUCUUCCGAAGUGCAGAGAGGGUGCUGGUCUGGCUGGACGAAGAGUCCGAGGAUUCAGCAGGGGCACUCGAGUUUUUGUAUAAGGUCGCAAAAGCCACCAAAAUCCACGAUGAGCUUACCAGCGAUGCUUUCGUGGCAGGGUGGAAAUCAGUCGAAGAGUUGUUGAUGCAUCAAUGGUUCGCAGGUAACUGGAUUCACGAACUCUCAAUGGCACGUCAUGCCACCGUCCUCCAUGGAAUCGAGUCACUAGACUGGACACUGUUUCUGACUGCAAUCCAUGCAUUCAUCGCAUUGGUCAGCAGCGGUCACCUCUUCGAUGAGUUCAAACUCUGGCGACGCAAUGAAGUCGACAAUCUGAGGUACGGCGUGCCAUCGGUGACAGAACAGCAUUAUGCUUUCGAGCCCAAUCCCCCAGAUUACGAGCCUAUCUUGGACAACGAUUUCCUCAUGCAUCGAUUCACGUGCUCGGUAGAGGAGGACUGUAUGGAGGACACGGUAUGCUUCGAGCGCAUUCCCAAACGCGUAGACCGCCCGGUACCAUGGAAUCAUAGCGAUGCUCCGGAUCUUGGUAUAGGCUGGGGCUUACAGCUAGAGGAAGGAUAUUCGAACCGCGUUUGCAUCGUUAUUCUGAUCAGCGUUCUUGUUAGUGCUAUCAUCGGAAUCAUCUGGUCAGUUCUCGCAAAAGACUUGCAGAGUGGUUUCGUUGUGGCCAGCUGGAUGAUCACUAGCGAAGCCAUUGUCGUCGGUUCGGUGUAG